AAGAGACUGAAGAAGGCCGCAAAGGCUGCCGCUAAGGCCGACUCGACCACCGCUCCUGCCGCUACCACCUCCGAGAAUGUUGCCGCUCCCGUUGCUGCCACCGGCGGCUACACCGAGCAUCCUGGAUUGACCGCUCUGCCCCAAUCCGAGAUCGACGCCUUUGUCGCCGACAAGUUCAUCACCGUGACCGACGAGUCCAAGGCAUCGCCUGCCUACAGACCCAUCACCUCGUUCGACUACGUCCCCAUCACCGACAAGGCCCAGCGCGCUCCCUUUGCCAACUUCAAGACCCCUUCACCCAUUCAAGCUGCUGCCUGGCCUUACCUCUACGCUGGAAGGGAUGUCAUUGGUGUUGCUGAGACCGGUUCCGGCAAGACCAUGGGCUUCGGUGUUCCCUGCAUAAGAUACAUCUCUUCUCUCUCCGCAAAGGAGCAGAAGAAGGGCAUCAAGGCUUGCAUUGUUUCUCCUACCAGAGAACUUGCCGUGCAGAUUCAGGAGCAGCUCAUCAAGCUGGCCGAGCCUGCUGGUCUCAAGGCUGUCUGUGUUUACGGUGGUGUGAACAAGGACCAGCAGCGUGCGACUCUCACUGGUGCUCACAUUGUUGUCGCUACUCCUGGUCGUUUGAACGAUUUCGUCAGCGAGGGCUCCAUUGACCUGAGCAACGUGACCUACGCUGUGCUGGACGAGGCCGAUCGCAUGCUUGACAAAGGUUUCGAGGAGGAAGUCCGUAAGAUUCUUGGAAGCUGUGCACCCACUGGUCGUCAAACCCUCAUGUUCACCGCAACAUGGCCCCCAUCAGUUCGAGAACUUGCCGCUACCUUCAUGAAGAAGCCUGUGCGUAUCAACAUCGGUGAGAACACCACUGGAGAGCUGCGCGCCAACACUAGAAUUACUCAAGAAGUUGAGGUUAUGGAUCCCUAUGACAAGAACGACCGUCUGAUCACUCUCCUCAAGAAAUACCAGAGCGGCAAGAACAAGGAGGACCGUAUCCUGGUCUUCUGCCUGUACAAGAAGGAGGCCACCAGAAUCGAGGGCUUCAUUCGUUCAAAGGGCUUCAACGUCGGCGGUAUUCACGGAGAUCUGAGUCAGGACCAGCGUCAAAGGAGUUUGGAUGCCUUCAAGGCAGGCAAGGUCCCGCUUCUCGUUGCUACUGAUGUCGCCGCAAGAGGUCUCGAUAUUCCUGCUGUCAAGGUUGUCAUCAACGUCACAUUCCCCUUGACUGUCGAGGAUUAUGUCCACCGUAUUGGUCGUACUGGUCGUGCUGGUCAAGACGGCAGAGCCAUCACUUUCUUCACCGACCACGAGAAGGGUCUUGCCGGCGGUCUCAUCAACGUCCUUAAGGGCGCAAACCAGCCCGUUCCUGAGAAUCUCAUGAAGUUCGGUACCACCGUCAAGAAGAAGGCUCACGAUGCCUACGGUGCUUUCUACAGAGAUCCUGGUGAGAUGAAGGCCGCCACCAAGGUCACUUUUGAU